GCUUUUCCCCUCUCUCUCUCUCUUCCCCCAUUUUCUCUCUCUAAAAGGGUUUUUAGUUUUUACAUUGGAAUCUUUUAGCGGCCGCCCUUUUUUUGCAGAACGUUCUUCAACUCAAAAAAGUUUCUGCAGAGAGAAGCAAAAAAAAAGAUCGAGGUAUCUGUUUGUUUGCACUGGGUGAGGAAGGAGGAUAAAUAAUAAUAAAAAAAAUGUCAUCGAGAGGAGGACCAUCGCAACAGAAUCAACCGCUGCCACGUAGGAUUCCGCGCACUCAGACAGUGGGGAAUCUUGGUGAGUCGGUAUUUGACAGUGAAGUGGUGCCUUCGUCUUUGGUGGAAAUCGCCCCCAUUCUUCGUGUUGCCAAUGAAGUCGAGCCUAGCAAUCCCCGAGUGGCCUACCUCUGUCGAUUUUAUGCGUUUGAGAAGGCUCAUAGGUUGGAUCCGACUUCGAGUGGACGUGGUGUUCGUCAAUUUAAAACAGCUCUUUUGCAACGUCUUGAAAGGGAAAACGAUCCUACCUUAAUGGGAAGAGUUAAAAAAAGCGAUGCACGUGAAAUGCAGAGCUUUUAUCAGCAUUACUACAAAAAGUACAUCCAAGCUUUGCAAAAUGCCGCUGACAAAGCUGAUCGCGCACAGCUGACAAAAGCAUAUCAAACAGCUAAUGUGCUCUUUGAGGUUUUGAAAGCAGUUAACCAGACGCAAUCUGUGGAAGUUGAUCGUGAGGUAUUGGAAACUCAUGAUAAAGUUGCGGAGAAGACAGAAAUCUAUGUCCCGUAUAAUAUUCUACCUCUUGAUCCUGAUAGUGCAAAUCAGGCAAUAAUGAAAUAUCCAGAGAUUCAAGCUGCCGUACAUGCGCUUCGGAAUACGAGAGGUCUUCCUUGGCCUAAGGACUAUAAGAAGAAAAAGGAUGAAGAUAUCCUUGACUGGCUUCAGUCUAUGUUUGGUUUUCAGAAAGAUAGUGUGGCAAAUCAAAGGGAGCAUUUGAUUUUGUUACUUGCAAAUGUACACAUACGACAGUUCCCAAAGCCAGAUCAACAACCCAAGUUGGAUGAACGUGCUCUAGAUGAAGUGAUGAAGAAGCUUUUCAAGAAUUACAGGAAAUGGUGCAAGUAUUUGGAUCGGAAGAGCAGCCUGUGGUUACCUACUAUACAACAGGAAGUGCAGCAGCGUAAAUUGUUAUAUAUGGGGCUUUAUCUUCUUAUUUGGGGAGAAGCUGCUAAUUUACGAUUUAUGCCAGAGUGCCUCUGCUACAUUUAUCAUCAUAUGGCUUUUGAACUUUAUGGUAUGCUUGCUGGAAAUGUUAGUCCGAUGACUGGCGAAAAUGUCAAGCCAGCUUAUGGAGGAGAAGAAGAGGCAUUCCUAAGAAAAGUUAUCACCCCAAUUUAUGAAGUGGUUGCUCGGGAAGCUGCAAGGAGCAAAAAAGGAAAAUCAAAACACUCCCAGUGGAGAAAUUAUGACGAUUUGAAUGAGUACUUUUGGUCUGUAGAUUGUUUUCGUCUGGGAUGGCCCAUGCGUUCUGAUGCUGAUUUUUUCUGCAAGACUGUGGAUCAGCUUCAAAGUGAAAAAAAUGGAGAGACAAGGUCUACAAAAGAUCGGUGGGUGGGGAAAGUAAAUUUUGUCGAGAUCCGUUCGUAUUGGCAUAUCUUUAGAAGCUUUGACAGAAUGUGGAGUUUCUUCAUAUUAUGCUUACAGGCUAUGAUCAUUAUUGCCUGGAAUGGCUCGGGACAGCCAAGUUCGAUUUUCGAUUCUGGUGUUUUCAAGAAAGUACUGAGCAUCUUUAUAACUGCUUCAGUUUUGAAACUUGGACAAGCUGUUCUUGAUGUGAUUCUGAGUUGGCAAGCUAGAAAGAGCAUGUCCUUCCAUGUCAAAUUACGAUACAUUCUAAAAGUUGUCUCUGCCGCUGCUUGGGUGAUUAUUCUCCCUAUUACGUAUGCUUAUUCAUGGAAGAAUCCACCUGGCAUUGCUCAAAUUAUCAAACACUGGGUUGGGAAUAACUCAAAUUUUCCGUCACUAUUCAUAUUCACUGUCGUUAUCUAUUUAUCACCGAAUUUGCUUGCUGGCGUUUUGUUCCUUUUCCCCUUUGUUCGUCGGUUCCUUGAGAGUUCCAACUAUAAAAUUGUGAUGCUAUUGAUGUGGUGGUCUCAGCCUCGGCUUUAUGUUGGAAGGGGAAUGCAUGAAAGUACAUUUUCUCUCUUCAAGUAUACGGUAUUCUGGGCGCUCCUUUUGAUUACAAAGUUGGCUUUCAGCUUCUAUGUCGAGAUAAAGCCUUUGGUUGGUCCAACUAAAACCAUCAUGAGUGCUCAUGUAUCAAACUAUCAGUGGCACGAGUUUUUCCCCGAUGCAAAGAACAAUAUUGGAGUUGUGAUCACUAUCUGGGCACCAGUUAUUCUUGUCUACUUCAUGGAUGCACAGAUCUGGUAUGCUAUAUUCUCUACUCUUUUUGGAGGCAUAUAUGGUGCAUUUCGUCGUCUUGGAGAGAUUCGAACUUUGGGAAUGCUUAGAUCCCGAUUUCAAUCACUACCUGGUGCUUUUAAUGCAUGCUUAAUGCCAGAGGAGAAAAAUGAGUUGGUGAAAAAGAAAGGGCUGAAGGCUACAUUUGCCCGCAAGUUUGAAGUGAUCCCAGCCAGUAAAGAGAAAGAAGCUGCAAGGUUUGCUCAGUUGUGGAACAAAAUUAUUACAAGUUUCAGAGAAGAGGAUCUUAUAAGUAACAGGGAAAUGGAUCUGCUCUUAGUUCCAUAUUGGGCCGAUCGUGAUUUGGAGAUAAUACAGUGGCCUCCGUUUCUUCUUGCCAGCAAGAUCCCAAUUGCAGUGGAUAUGGCUAAAGACAGUAAUGGCAAAGACAGUGAGCUGAAAAACCGGAUCAAAUCCGAUGAUUAUAUGUAUUCUGCUGUCUGCGAGUGCUACGCUUCGUUCCGAAACAUCGUCAAAUUGCUAGUUCGUGGCAGCAGAGAGAAAGAGGUUAUCGAAUACAUAUUUUCCGAAGUUGACAAGCAUAUAGAGGAGGAUAAUCUAUUAAUCGAGUACAAGCUGAGUGCUCUUCCAAAUCUUUAUGAUCUCUUUGUUAGGCUCGUCAAGUACUUGCUAGACAAUAAGCAAGAGGAUAGGGAUCAAGUUGUUAUUCUUUUCCAAGAUAUGCUUGAAGUCGUGACCCGAGAUAUUAUGAUGGAAGAUCACAUAUCCAACUUAUUAGAUUCUAUCCCGGGUGGACUGGGGCAUGAAGGAAUGACCCCUCUUGAUCAACAGUAUCAGUUGUUUGCAUCAGCUGGAGCCAUUAAAUUUCCAACUCCCGGAUCGGAAGCUUGGAAAGAGAAGAUCAAGAGGUUGUAUUUGUUGCUGACGGUGAAGGAAUCUGCUAUGGACGUGCCUUCGAAUCUAGAAGCUAGAAGGCGCAUUUCCUUCUUCUCAAAUUCUCUGUUUAUGGACAUGCCUUCGGCCCCUAAAGUCCGCAAUAUGCUGUCUUUCUCUGUUUUGACUCCAUAUUACACGGAGGAGGUCCUCUUUUCGUUGCCUGAGCUUGAAGUGCCUAAUGAAGACGGUGUUUCCAUUCUCUUCUACCUGCAGAAAAUUUUCCCAGAUGAAUGGAACAAUUUUAUGGAGCGUGUCAAGUGUUUCAACGAAGAAGAACUUAGAGAAUCUCAUGAAUUAGAAGAGCAACUACGACUUUGGGCAUCAUACAGGGGCCAAACAUUGACAAGAACUGUGAGAGGGAUGAUGUACUAUCGCAAAGCGCUAGAACUUCAAGCCUUCCUCGAUAUGGCAAAGGAUGAAGAUUUGAUGCAAGGCUAUAAGGCCAUUGAGUUGAACGAAGAUCAGAUAAAGGGAGAGAGGUCUCUAUGGACACAAUGCCAAGCAGUUGCAGACAUGAAGUUCACAUUUGUUGUAUCUUGUCAGUUAUACGGUAUUCAAAAACGAUCUGGCGAUCCUCGUGCUCAAGAUAUAUUGAGGCUUAUGACAACGUAUCCAUCACUUCGAGUAGCAUAUAUAGAUGAAGUUGAAGAACCAAGUAAAGAUAGGACCAAGAAGAUUAAUGAUAAGGUGUACUAUUCCACUCUUGUGAAGGCUGCUUUGCCAAAGUCCAAUUCUUCGGAGCCCGGACAGAAUCUGGACCAGGUUAUUUAUCGUAUAAAACUUCCGGGACCUGCUAUUAUGGGCGAAGGAAAACCUGAAAAUCAGAAUCACGCGAUUAUUUUCACACGUGGAGAAGGUUUACAAACUAUCGACAUGAAUCAGGAUAACUACAUGGAAGAAGCUCUGAAAAUGAGAAACUUACUUCAAGAAUUUCUUAAAAAGCAUGAUGUGAGGCAUCCAUCAAUUCUUGGUUUGAGGGAACAUAUCUUUACUGGAAGUGUUUCUUCUCUUGCUUGGUUUAUGUCGAAUCAAGAGACAAGUUUUGUUACUAUUGGUCAGAGAUUGUUGGCCAACCCUCUGAAGGUUCGGUUUCACUAUGGUCAUCCGGAUGUUUUCGAUAGGAUAUUUCACCUUACUAGAGGUGGGGUUAGCAAAGCCUCCAAGAUUAUCAAUCUGAGCGAGGAUAUUUUUGCCGGCUUCAAUUCGACACUUCGCGAAGGCAAUGUUACCCAUCACGAAUACAUACAAGUUGGUAAAGGCAGAGACGUAGGCCUUAAUCAGAUCUCUCUGUUCGAGGCAAAAAUUGCCAAUGGCAACGGAGAACAGACAUUGAGUCGUGAUUUAUAUAGGCUGGGCCAUCGUUUCGACUUCUUCCGAAUGCUUUCUUGCUAUUUCACCACAAUCGGAUUCUACUUCAGUACCUUAAUUACGGUGCUCACUGUUUACGUAUUCCUUUAUGGACGUCUUUACCUAGUUCUUAGCGGACUCGAGAAAGGGCUAAGUCAAAUACCAGGAAUCCGAGAUAACAAGCCGCUCGAAGUCGCUCUCGCCUCACAGUCAUUCGUCCAAAUCGGAUUUCUAAUGGCACUCCCAAUGAUGAUGGAAAUCGGACUCGAAAAGGGUUUUCGAACCGCACUAAGCGAAUUCAUACUCAUGCAGCUACAGCUCGCACCUGUUUUCUUCACAUUCUCGCUCGGAACAAAAACACACUACUACGGAAGAACACUACUCCACGGAGGAGCAAAGUACAGGCCCACUGGCCGUGGAUUUGUAGUCUUCCAUGCGAAAUUUGCAGAUAACUAUCGACUAUACUCUCGCAGCCACUUUGUGAAGGGCCUCGAGCUAAUGAUACUGCUCCUCGUUUAUCAAAUAUUCGGCCAGUCUUACAGAGGCACCGUUGCGUAUAUAUUAAUUACUGUAUCUAUGUGGUUUAUGGUCGGCACUUGGCUUUUUGCUCCGUUCCUUUUUAAUCCUUCCGGCUUCGAGUGGCAAAAGAUAGUGGAUGAUUGGACUGAUUGGAAUAAGUGGAUUAGUAAUCGAGGCGGUAUCGGUGUGCCGCCAGAGAAAAGUUGGGAAUCUUGGUGGGAGGAGGAGCAGGACCAUCUUCGUCAUUCGGGCAAACGUGGGAUUGUUGCUGAGAUUAUUUUAUCGUUACGGUUUUUCAUUUAUCAAUACGGGCUUGUCUAUCAUUUGAACAUAACAAGGCAUACGAAAAGUGUUUUGGUUUAUGGUAUAUCGUGGCUGGUGAUCUUUGCUAUACUUUUUGUCAUGAAGACAAUCUCUGUUGGAAGGAGGAAAUUCAGUGCAAAUUUCCAGCUCGUUUUCCGGCUAAUAAAGGGUUUAAUAUUCGUCACAUUCGUAUCUAUCCUUGCUAUUCUGAUUGCCCUCCCACAUAUGACACCGCGCGAUAUUCUUGUCUGUAUACUCGCAUUCAUGCCUACUGGUUGGGGUUUACUUCUGAUUGCACAAGCGUGUAAGCCUGUAGUACAAAAAGCUGGAUUCUGGGGUUCGGUUAGAACACUAGCACGAGGGUACGAGAUAGUAAUGGGAUUGCUUCUGUUUACGCCAGUGGCGUUUCUCGCAUGGUUCCCGUUUGUGUCUGAAUUCCAAACACGAAUGUUGUUCAACCAAGCUUUCAGCAGAGGUCUUCAGAUUUCUCGUAUUCUCGGUGGUCAUCGGAAAGACAGGUCCUCAAGGAGCAAGGAGUAAUUAUUUUUUUUACUACUACUUACUGCCUUCAGUAUGCAGUUAUUAUUAACAUUGUUAUUACUCUUAUCAUUAUUACUAAUUUAGUAUUGUUUCCUUGUUAAGCUGCUAUAUAUGUUUUUAUCCUUGUAAUUUAUGUUUGCAUGGGGCAGCAUUUUCGAGCAGCAUUUUUGUAACAGAAUGAUUAAACUUUUAUCCUGAAAUAUGAAAUUUUAAUGUUAAAAGGAGCCUGAUAUUUCAAGCAGUUU